UAUGGCGUCCGACGGCAGCUGAAGGAACACAAUCGCUGGGACAUCAGUUGUAGUUCUUUUGGAUUGUGAUGCGAAUCGAGAGCAAGUUUAUGAUUUAAACAUGGAGGAGGACACAUUUCCAGAGGACGACGUUGAGAGAAAAGUGACUGUCGUCGGCGCGGAGCUGGUGGACAACUACACUGUGUACAUCAUUGAAGUGCAGGACGGAGUGCAUCGGUGGGCUGUAAAGCAUCGCUACAGUGACUUCCACGACCUCCAUGAAAAGUUGACAGCCGAGAAGAAAGUGGAUCGCCGGCUACUUCCGCCAAAGAAGAUUUUAGGGAAGAAUUCCAAGACUUUAGUGGAACGACGGCAGAAAGAGUUGGAGCAGUAUCUGCAGACACUUCUCCAACAAUUUCCACAGGCAACACCAACUCACCUUGCUAACUUCCUUCAUUUUCACCUUUAUGAGAUUAAUGGCAUCACAGCAGCCCUGGCUGAGGAGUUGUUCCAUAAAGGUGAGCAACUGCUGCAGGCUGGCGAGGUCUUUUCCCUCUGUCCUCUGCAGCUUUACGCUGUCACACAGCAGCUCCGUCUGGCCAAACCCACCUGCUGCAACGGGGAUGCCAAAACGGACCUGGGACAUAUUUUAGACUUCACCUGCCGGCUGAGGUACCUCAAGAUACCUGGCACCAGAGGUCCAGUAGGCACUAGUAAUAUCCAGGAAAGCAGUCUGCCAUUUGACCUGUCUUUUUUCAAGUCACUGCUGCAGAUUGAGAUCAGUGACUGCAGCGCUCAGCAGAUCCGAGGAUUGUCGUCUCUGAGGUCCAGUCUGGCCACUCUGAGCGUCCACAACUCGACAGAUACGAUGAAGACCAUCCUGGUCCCGGAGGCCAGUGAGUUUUCCCAGUGGGAGCCAGAGGGGUCUGAGACUGGAUGCCCUGUGACUGCUGUUAUUCCACUGUGGAAAAACUUGACAACGGUGGACAUGAGCCACAACUGCAUCCGCACCAUUGACUCCUCAGUGAAAUUAAUUCCAAAGGUGGAGUUUUUAGACCUGAGUCACAACCAGCUUUCAUCUGUCGAAAACCUACAGUACCUCUACAACCUGGUACACGUGGAUCUGUCCUACAACUGCCUACAAGUCCUUGAAGCUGCUCAUACUCGACUGGGCAACAUUAAAACUCUUAGCCUGGCAGGAAACCAGCUAGAGAAACUGACUGGUCUCACCAAACUCUACUCACUUGUCAACUUGGACCUCAGUAGCAACCGACUGGCCCAGUUGGAGGAGAUAAGAAAUAUUGGCUCACUUCCUUGUCUGGAGAAAAUCAACUUGUCCAGUAACCCGAUGUGCAUCAUCCCAGACUACAGAACCAAGGUCCUGGCUCAGUUUGGAGACCGUGCAGCAGAGGUUUGUCUAGAUGGUAAUGUGACAACAGAGAAGGAACUGGACACUGUGGAAGUUUUGAAAGCCAUUCAGAAAGCCAAAGAAGUCAAAGACAGGAUGAGCGGCAGCGAUAAAAAGAUCAGUGAGGAGACCAGACUGUCUGCUGCUGUUCCUUCUUUUAUCUCCUCCACCCCUCCCUCCACCUCUCACUGCUCAUCCUCUGUCCUUCCUCCUCCUCCCCCUGCUGUUGCUGUCACCACCCCUUCCUCUACCUCCUCUUCCUCCUGUUCGACUCAGCUACCUGCCUGCCCCAGCCAAGAAGUGUCCAGCAAAGAUUUUAUAGCGCCCCCCAAUACUCUCCCUCCUGUGGAUGCUGCCCUGACCCCUGCUAGAUUAACCACAAAUACACACCUCCAGUCUGCUGACAUCAUACAGGUCCCGGUCAUCACUGUAUCUGAUCACACACAACGUGAAAUGUGCACAAGUGUGAGCUCUUUACCGACAAAUGUCUGUUACUACUGCUCCCAACCAUCUGACUCCAGCUGCCCCAGCAACUCAACCUGCCCGCUUCUUCCUGAUGACCUUGUCUCCCUCUCAUUCAACAAAGACUUCAUCAACCAGUUGUCUCAGAAGCUUGGUUCACAUGUAACGGAGCAAACAAACAAGGCUGAUUCUGAUGAUGUUGAUGAUGAUGGUACAGAGCAGAUUGACGAGAGUAGGACCGAGUCCACUGAAGUUCUGCCUGUUGUGGAGAGCACUGAGGUGCAAUGUCAAAGCCCAGGCUCCAGAGAUGGCUACUUCGAGAUGGGUCUGGACGACUCUGUGGAGGAGUUGAACAGCUCGCCAUCUGUGUCACAUGAUCUUUCUCCUGAAAGCUCCUCAAACUCCCACAAGGAACUGGUCAGGGACAAUGUGGAGGUGGGAGAUGAGAGUCUGCAGGUGAACAGGGUUCUGUGGUGCUACUGCGUUGAAGUGAAACAGGAAGUAGCUCAGAAAGUGGCGUGCCUGGUGCUGACAGAGAAGCUGCUAGGCCUGUUGUCUGGAUCAAAUGACUUCACCUGGCCACCUCAGAGUGACGUUGAGGGAGGGAAGAAUCCGACUUCAUCUGACAUGCUGUCAAAGCUCACUGUGAGCUUCCUGGCUCCCUACUCCGAGCUCCUGUUGUUGGCACACUCCAGAGUCCCUCACUCCUGUCUAACUCUCUGCCUCCGGGGCGGUCAAACUCACUGGUUCAUCUUCUCAGAACCUCGGCAGCUCCAGCAAAUGCAGACAGAACUGCUGACACUGGUCGAGAUGAAUUUAGAGAGCACUGGUUCACCUCAGCCCAUCCCCCGCUCACUUCUUAACUCCUGGGAGGUGGAGGAGAGUCAAGGUGCUGCGGGAGGCUUCCUCGCCCACCUUACGUCUUCCUCUGCUACGUUGGACAUUCACCCACUAUCAAAUGUCCUGGCCACUGAAGAGGGGGCUGGGCUUCCUUCACUCCUCUUCCUCACCAACCGACACCUCUGGGUGCUUAAGAUGGACUUCAAAGCUAUUUUGGGAGACUCUACGUUAUCUAGUGUGUACAAGCUGAUUCGUGUUCCUCUUGGUUCUGUGGUGUGUCUCCCAAGAAAGACAGCAAACACCCACUCAUCAGACUGCAGUGAUCCACAAGAGAAGAACAGGUCCUGUCACACGUUAGAGCUUCUGUUGGGAGGUCAACGACUACUCCUGCUUCUCCCACUGGCCUGCGACCAAAGAAGCUUUCUGGAAGAGUUGAUUCAGCGCAGAGCGUCUCUGGAUGGACUCAAAAUGGUGGCCCUCCCCCGUCUGUGCCAACCGUGUCAACAUCAGGAGCGACAGAGACAAGAGUGCUCCACCUGCACGGACCAGUGCAGCUGUGCUAGUACCAGCAGAUUUCUCAGCACCAACUCUAACAGCUGGGACUCAAGUCUCCCGGUGGAUGAGAACCAGCAGUCCUCUCACCUGGUCCAGGGCCUCUCUCCAGGGUUGAAGCUUCUGUCGGGUCUUGGACGACAUCAGCUGCUGACAUACUUUCACAAGCAUAUUGCACUGUCUCCAGCAGAGGAGGUGAAACAACUCCUCUGGCUCUCAGUGGUUCUCUAUAAGUCUCCAGAGACAGAGCUCACCUGCUGUCUGAUUCUUUCCAAUGACACCAUCUACUUUCUGUUGGAAGACUCAGCUGCCUCUCUCUCUACAGCGCUGGAGCUUUCGGACUCAGGAGAUCCAUCUAUGUCGCAGUGCUGCUGUCUGACCAUCAGCUUGUCAGAGCUGCAGUCUGUCAAUGUGGGAUUAUUCGACCAGUACUUCAGGGUCGUGGGGAGAUCCGCCGAACACAUUGUGUGCUGCCUCAGCCGGGAUAGUUACGGAACAAGUGUCUUCCUGCAGGAGCUCAUGUCGGCUCUCAGUCUGAAGCAGCAGCUUCCUCCCCCUGAACCAUCUGAGCAGGAUUUCUACUCCCAGUUCACAAACGCCACUACAGGUAAAAUGCACAACUAUGAGCUGGUGCACAGCAGCAGGGUGAAGUUCGUUUAUCCAAGUGAGGAGGAGAUGGGAGACCUGACCUUCAUCGUGGCAGAGAGGAAGACUCCAGUUGGUGCAGCGUCCUCAUCUUUGCGCUCGUUCAACAUCCUCCUUUAUCUGCUGGUUUUCCAGGUGCAGUUACCGAGUCAAAGCACUGCCCUCUCAGGGACUUCCUCUCUACCCAGCACCGUUUCUUCCCCCGAACUCCAUCCCAGGACUUUGAUCCUGACUGGCACAGACGUGUUCCUGCUCGAUGAAGACUAUGUCAGUUACCCACUGCCAGACUUCGCCAAAGAGCCACCAUCCAGGGAGCGCUACCAGCUGCGUGAGGGUCGGAGGAUCCGGGACCUGGACCGCGUCCUGCUGGGCUACCAAAUGUAUCCCCAGGCCCUGACCCUCGUCUUCGACGACCUGCCGGGCCCCGACCUGCUUUGCCACCUCACCAUGGACCAUUUCUCGACAGAAGGGGAGGAGCCUCAGCGCAGAGGGGGCGUGGUCAGCGCCGGAGCGGAGAGCGAGGUCCAGUGGUGUGUUUUUGUCCCUGGAGCCGACAGCAGAGAGAGAUUGAUCUCAUUACUUGCUCGCCAGUGGGAGUCGCUGUGCAGCAGGGAACUUCCUGUCGAGCUCACAGGCUGAUGGAGUCACAUGGCAGAGUCCAUCGUUCAUUCAUACGCACAGGUACUAUCAGCAGGUUUGAAGGCCUCAGUGUGUCAAAUGUAGCAGGUGAAAUCCAGGUUCUGAUGUUGAGAUUUUUGAGCUCUCCGUCUGCUUCCAUCUGCAGCAGGAUGUGCUUCUUAUGGUUCAUUAUCAUCCAAGGUCAUUUUUCACAGUUAUAGCGAGGUGAUUGAGUCCCAUAAUAGAUUUUAGAUCCAUAUAAUUUAAAAAAUGUGACAGUUACAAUGAUGGUUAGAUGAAAAAAAGUAAAAACUAAAGCAAUGUCACAACAUUUUGAAAAUUUGUUUUCAAUGGAAAAAUAGAUUUUCAGUCAUAAAAAAAGUAUGUGGAGGAAACAAUUGACAUGAUGCAGAAGGAAAAUAUAAAAAAUCAAUAGAGGUAUCUUGAGGGAUUCUAUAAAUAAUUCUUUGUUGUGAUGAACGAUAGAAUAUGCGCCAAACACAUAAGGAAACAAUAAGUUGAAGAUGGAAAACAAUGGUAUAUACAGUAUGUUACGCACUUUCAACGCAGUGGGAGUCGGGUGUUGUGGUCGGCCUGCUGAGGCCUUUCGGAGAAACAAAAGUCAACCAACUGCAGAGAUGGGACCAGACUGGUUUAUCUUCACUUGACUUGGACGAUGUAAUCUACCAGCCUGCCUGGUGUUUAUCAGCAAGGGGGCGCUGCAGACAUUCCACAGGAGGUCCUUACAUCCUCGCUACUUGCACGUGUGUGUUGAAAGAGAAACUGCCAGCAGCGCAGAUGACACAAAUCAAAAGUUGCCUUGCUUGAUAACCAAAAACUUUGUUUGUAUAUUUAUGGAGCAACCUGCAUGUCAGGCUGCUCCUGUUUGUGACACACACACACACACACACACACUCUGAAACAAACACACUGCUUAGCACAAUCUCCUCUGAACCUUUUAUCCUUUGCACAUUUUGACAAAUGUUCCUAAACUGUAAAUUUUUUGCUUUUAUUAUGAUAUUAAUAUAACUAUGACUUUUUUUAAAAAAUAUGCUCACAAUUAUAUUACAAGUGUCUGUUUAUAUUUACACAAUGAACAAAGAAAUCUCUUAUUAUCAGUGUUUUAAUUUGAGUCGCUUUUAUCAUCGUGUCUCUGGUAACAACGGUUUGUCCCGGACUAACGUUCACUGUUGUUUAUGUCCAGUGUUGUGUCGUUGAAGGGGAAUGCCACUGAAUUAAAGUGAAAAUGGAAACGUUGCGUUGGAUUCUGCAGUCUGCUUGGCGCUCAGACUUUUAUCUGAUACCUCUCUGAGCAAACUACCGUUUUUCAACCGGUGUACUGUGAGACUCUCAGGUGUGAUGUGGGAAAUGAUCAGUUUCCAGAUAUGAUGACGUUAAAUCAAGAACAACUAGAACGGGUUGACAAUCUACCAACGUGUGGACAUUGCAUGGAUUCUGUCACAUUCUUUCUAUACUCUAUAGAUCUAUGCUGAUGCGUUGACUCGUCCCACACACUCGCAGCAAAGAAGCCGGUCAAAUGCACUACGAGUUGUUUUUAAUCCUAAUGUGCCUCUAACUUGACCACACACACCUUCACGA